UGUGUCUCCAGGAGAGGAACCCCAGUGUGGACCAAGAGGACCCAGAUCCUCCACAGAUUAAAGAGGAACAGGAGGAACUCUGCAGCAGUCAGGAGGGAGAGCAGCUUGAACCGAAGCAGGAGGCCGACACCUUUACGUUGACUCCGACUUGUGAGGAAACUGAUCACAGUGAUGAUGAGACUCCGUUUUUGAAUCCUGACAAAAGUCAGAGUGAAUCAGAGGCAGAUCCUCCAGCUAGCACGUGUACCAGCUCGUUAGAUGAGGAAAUGGACUGUGAGCGUUUUGUGGAACCAGAACCAAACAUCUCUCAUGAAUCUGAUAGCAAAGAUCAGAAAGGAGUAAAACGUAGUUUAACAUCAACCAAGGAGUCACAACAGCAGAUUCUGGCUCCUCCAGGUGAGAAGACAUUUUUGUGCAAAACAUGUGGAAAAUAUUUAAAAUGUAGUCAAAGCUUAAAAUUACACAUGAGAGUUCACACUGGGGAAAGGCCGUAUUCUUGCAUCACAUGUGACAAAACAUUCACUUAUGCAUCAAGUUUGAAGUCUCACACAAGAAUCCAUACUGGGGAGAAGCCACAUUCCUGCAACACCUGUGGGAAAACAUUCACUCAAAAAUCUGAUUUGAAUUCUCAUGAAAGAGUCCAUAGUGAUGAGAAACCAUUUUCUUGCCAAACUUGUGGAAAAUAUUUCAAAUGUAGUAAAAGCUUAAAAUUACACAUGAGAGUUCACACUGGGGAAAGGCCGUAUCCAUGCACCACAUGUGGGAAAACAUUCACUUGUGCAUCAAAUUUGAAGUGUCAUACAAGAAUCCAUACGGGGGAGAAGCCAUAUUCCUGCAUCACCUGUGGGAAAACAUUCACUGGGAAAUCAUAUUUGAAGACUCAUACAAGAAUCCAUACUGGGGAGAAGCCAUAUUCCUGCAUCACCUGUGGGAAAACUUUCAAUGGGAAAUCACAUUUGAAGACUCAUACAAGAAUCCAUACUGGGGAAAGGCCAUUUUCAUGCACCACUUGUGGGAAAAAAUUCCCCCGUGCAUCAAUUUUGAAGUAUCAUACAAGAGUCCAUACGGGGGAGAAGCCAUAUUCCUGCAUCACCUGUGGGAAAACAUUCACUGGGAAAUCACAUUUGAAGACUCAUACAAGAAUCCAUACUGGGGAAAGGCCAUUUUCAUGCACCACUUGUGGGAAAAAAUUCCCUCGUGCAUCAAUUUUGAAGUAUCAUACAAAAAUCCAUACUGGGGAGAAGCCAUAUUCCUGUACAAUAUGUGGAAAAGUUUUUAAAUUUAGUAAUAGUUUAAAAGUCCACGUGAAAGUUCACACAGGGGAAAGGCCGUAUUCUUGCACCACAUGUGGCAAAACAUUCAUUUAUGCAUCAAGUUUGAGGACUCAUACAAGAAUCCAUACUGGGGAGAAGCCACAUUCCUGCAACACCUGUGGGAAAACAUUCACUCAAAAAUCCGAUUUGAAUUCUCAUAAAAGAGUCCAUAGUGAUGAGAAACCAUUUUCUUGCCAAACUUGUGGAAAAUUUUUCAAAUGCAGUAAAGGCUUAAAAGUCCAUGUGAAAGUUCACACUGGGGAAAGGCCGUAUUCUUGCAUCACCUGUGGGAAAACAUUCACUGGGAAAUCACAUUUGAAGUCUCAUACAAGAGCCCAUACUGGGGAAAAGCCAUUUUCAUGCACCACCUGUGGGAAAACAUUCCCUCGUGCAUCAAUUUUGAAGUAUCAUACAAGAGUCCAUACGGGGGAGAAGCCAUAUUCCUGCAUGACCUGUGGGAAAACAUUCACUGGGAAAUCACAUUUGAAGACUCACACAAGAAUCCAUACUGGGGAAAGGCCAUUUUCUUGCACCACGUGUGGGAAAAAAUUCCCUCAUGCAUCAAUUUUGAAGUAUCAUACAAGAAUCCAUACUGGGGAGAAGCCAUAUUCCUGUACAAUAUGUGAAGGUGUUUUUAGAUUUUCUAGUAACUUAUUUGUCCACAUGAGAAGAAGCCACAAGGAUGAAAAGUCAUAAAUUCAACUCAUGUGAUGAAAUAUUCUGAGCAAUUGUUAAGAUAGAUUGGGAGUUGACGCUUUAGAACAGAACACGGAUGCUGCAUUUGGGGAAAAUUUUUCAGGGUCUUGACGUACAAAACCAUCCAGCCAAACCCCGACUGGAUGAGCGGUUCACUUAUUAAAUGAUUACUUGUAGAUUUUUCCAAUAAAACAAGAUUGUAAUAUCUUAGACAGUUCUUCAGCAACAAAAUAGGAUAUUUUUGCAUUUAUCUCUUUUUUUCUUCAAUGUAACUUGUUACUUAAAUGUUUUUGGGGAAUUAUUUGAAAUCCCCCAAAUCUUUGUUGCACAUUGAACAUAUCCUGCUAAUGUUUAACCUUUUUUAUAUAUAAAUAUUCGUCUGUGGAUCUAAUUGUCAAACUGAGAAAAUGUCCUGCAAAUAAAAAUGAUUGGUCUCUUAAACUGAUAAACCCUCAA